ACUCUAGAACACAAUGUCUACGUUCUAGUGUUCUAUCCAGAGUGUUCUAUCUGGAGUGUUCUGUGCAGAGUGUUCUAUCUGGAGUGUUCUGUCCAGUGUUCUAUCUGGAGUGUUCUGUGCAGUGUUCUAUCUAGAGUGUUCUAUCUAGUGUUCUGUCCAGUGUUCUAUCUGGAGUGUUCUGUCCAGUGUUCUAUCUGGAGUGUUCUGUGCAGUGUUCUAUCUAGAGUGUUCUAUCUAGUGUUCUGUCCAGUGUUCUAUCUGGAGUGUUCUGUCCAGUGUUCUAUCUGGAGUGUUCUGUCCAGUGUUCUAUCUGGAGUGUUCUGUGCAGUGUUCUAUCUAGAGUGUUCUAUCUAGUGUUCUGUGCAGAGUGUUCUGUGCAGAGUGUUCUGUGGCUGGGCUGUGGAUCACAAUGGGACUCCGUAGAAGAGGAUUCUAACUAGGCCGUCUCUGUAAUUUGCGAGUUGAAUAAUUAAUCCGUUGGUUGGACGGCAGCAGGGCAACAUGAAGACGAUGGUGCUACUGGUGUGGAUCAGCUGCUGGAUAAAUGUGUGUACCAGUGCCCAGGGUCGUUAUGCCCAGAAGCUGCUUAAUGACCUGAUGGAGAAUUACUCCAGUGCUCUGAGACCAGUAGAUGACACGGACAAGACCCUGAACGUCACACUACAGAUCACCCUGUCUCAGAUCAAAGACAUGGACGAGAGGAACCAGGUGUUGACUACCUACCUGUGGAUCCGUCAGACCUGGUUUGAUGCGUACCUGAAGUGGGAUAAAGAGGAAUAUGACGGUCUGGAGGUCAUCCGCAUCCCCUGUAACCUGGUCUGGAGACCUGACAUAGUGCUUUAUAACAAGGCUGAUGAGGAAGCCUCUGGUCCAGCAGAGACCAACGUGGUGUUACGUUACAAUGGAGAGAUAACCUGGGACAUGCCGGCCAUCACCAAGAGCUCCUGUGUUGUGGACGUCUCCUACUUUCCCUUCGACUGGCAGUGGUGUAACCUCACGUUUGGGUCCUGGACAUACAACGGCAACCAGGUGGACAUCGCCAUGGGGAUGGACAGCGGGGACCUGUCAGACUUUGUGGAGAACGUGGAGUGGGAGUGUCACGGGAUGCCGGCGGUCCGUAACGUCAUCAUGUACGGCUGCUGCUCUGACCCGUAUCCUGACAUCACCUACACCCUCCACCUGAAGAGACGGUCUCUCUUCUAUAUCUUCAACCUGCUGCUGCCCUGCUUCCUCAUCUCCUUCCUGGCCCCUCUGGGUUUCUACCUGCCCGCUGACUCAGGAGAGAAGGUUUCUCUGGGCGUGACUGUUCUACUGGCCCUCACUGUCUUCCAACUGAUGGUGGCAGAGAGCAUGCCUCCCUCAGAGAGUGUUCCCUAUGUGGUGUAUAACAUUCAGUACAUCGCCAACUGUUUCCGGGAGCAACGGGCGACGUGUGCUAAAGGGGCGGAGUGGAAGAAGGUUGCCAAGGUGAUGGACCGGUUCUUCAUGUGGAUCUUCUUCAUCAUGGUCUUCCUCAUGAGUAUCCUCAUCAUCGGCAAGGCAACUUGACGGAGGG